CAUGUACAUCAAAGAAGGGGGGUAUCUCGUUCUUGACCUCUUUUUCUUCUGUUGCCGCUACAGCUACAGCUAGCUAGCUACGAGCUCUCUCCAUAACUUCACCUCUAUCAAGCUUUCUAUACAGUACAGUAACCAAGACAAUGGCUGUAAAUCCACAAGCUUUUGAGCAGUUCACUCUGAGACAAAUUCGCAUCACUGAGAAUGAGUUAGGACAUGGUUCCUACGCUGUUGUCAUGGAGCUAGAGUAUCGAGGACUGAAAUGUGCCGGCAAGAAGCUUUACCGAGUUCUCUACGAGACUGGAAUCGGGCAUGCAGCACGAAGGUAUCUGGAGGAGUGUCACCUGCUCAGUCAAACUAGGCACCCCAACAUUGUCCAGUUUCUGGGAGUCUGUUUUGAGGAAGGCUCUCAGUUCCCCAUCCUAGUCAUGGAGUUUCUCCCCACCAACUUGACCAGCUGUCUCGAGCGCUACGGUAUUCUCCCCGAUGAGAUAAACUUCUCUAUCCUCCAUGACGUCUCACUGGGCCUGGUCUACCUCCAUGGCCAAACACCAGUCAUUGUGCACAGAGAUCUCUCAGCCAACAAUGUCCUCUUGUCCACCAACAUGACUGCCAAGAUAUCCGAUCUAGGGGUUGCUCGAAUAUUGAACCUGACCCCCCUUCAAGUGAGUCGAAUGACGGAGACCCCUGGUACCCCAGCGUACAUGCCCCCCGAAGUGAUGGUUGCCAACCCCCACUAUGACACCAGUGUGGAUGUGUUCUCCUUUGGGAUCAUGAUGAUUCACACCUUCACAGCAGAGUGGCCACUACCAAGUAUUGGCCCCACCAGAAUCGAUCCUGCUAAUCCUAAUGGUUUGAUACCAAUGACAGAAGCUGAACGACGUGAAGAGUUUCUUCGAAAAAUUUCCCCAGACCACCCUCUGAUGGACCUCAUCAUGCGCUGUCUCAGCAACAACCCUCAGCAAAGGCCUAGAGCAGCGGAGAUAGUUGGUCGGAUGGUGGGUGUGGUACUUGAACACCCUCCCUCCUUUGAGAACAGAGUGGAGAUGCUCCAGCGAGUGAGUGCCCUACUGACAGAGAAGAGGGAGCUUGAGGAGAAGGUUGUGAGGAAGGACUCGGCAAUCCAGGAGAAAGCUGGAGAAAACGAGGUACUGGCGGAGGAGAAAAGACGACAAGAGGAAGAAAGUAAAAACAUUGUCGAGCGUAUGCAGUUGGUACACUCUGUGGAAACUGAUCAAUUUAAAUUGGAAAACGAAGAUCUUAAAGGUCAACUCGAAGCUAAAGAGACAAUUGUUAACAUGAAAGAUGAAUUUAUUAUUUCAAGAAAUGCUAGGAUAGUGGAAUUAGAAACUCAAUGUAAGCAACUCACUGAAGAGGUGGAGCAACAAAUUGCCAACGUCAACUACACUCACAACGAGCUUGUAUCUAAAGCUACAAAAAUAGCUCAACUGGAAACAAAUCUGGAACAAGAGCAAGCCUGUUUAGUUGACAAAAACUCUAUUAUCGCUCACAGAGAUUCGAUGCUUGCCUCCAAGGACUCUUCCCUUCAGAAGAAAGAAGCCACCAUUCAGAGUUUAAACGGCCAACUCACCAAAACCAGAGACUACCUGACCAGCAAACCACAGUCCCUACAGGUUCAGUUGUCCUACAGUCAGUGCUCUGAGGCUCCAGUGAAGAUGUCUAGUGGGCAAGCGAUAACCAUCAAUGGCAAGGUCUACUAUGGUGGAGGAAUGUGUUAUGACGAUGAUGACGAGUACUGUGUCCACUGUUACGAUCCGCCACAAGAUGUUUGGUCAACUCUGCCCAGACUUCCUGUACGCUAUUUUGGUCUAGGAGAGGUCAAAGGUGAACUGGCAGCAGUUGGUGGUUUGGAUUCAUCCUUCUCUAAAUCCAACGUGGUACAUGUGUUUAACAAAGGAAGGAACUGGAAACGGACGAUCCCACCGAUGCCCACAGCGAGGUAUUCACCAGCAGUCGUUAGUCUCCAAACACAUCUGGUCGUAGCAGGAGGUGUGUUGGACGAUGGCGACUUCACUGAUAACGUUGAGAUCUACAACAUCAGCACCUCCCAGUGGAGCGAGACAGACAGACUACCGUAUGCUUGUUAUGACCAAAGAGGAAUUGUCUACAACAAAACAGUGUACCUAAUGGGGGGAAGUGACGGCAAUUUUCUAAACAAGGUGUGUGCUGCUCAAGUCGACAAGCUCAUCUCAGCAGACCGACAGGAUGAUGGGAGUGCCAACAAAGCCGACUCUGUCUGGAAUACAAUAUCCAACACACCGUCUUACUGUUCCUCCCCUGUAACGAUAUUCGACACCCUCUUUGCUGUUGGUGGAGAGGAUAGUGAAGGUGAAGUCACUCAAAGGAUCUACUCCUACUCGUCCUCGAUGGACUCCUGGCUCUACGUUGGUGAUCUACCAUCUCCUAUAGCAGACGCUGCCUCUGUGUCACUGUCUCCAACAGAGUGCCUUAUGAUUGGGGGAUGGAACAAAGAAAGAGAAACACAAUCUACCGUGCAUAAAAUUAGUAUCAAAAUUAAAAGUGCAACAACUAUUUCUUGAUUAUUGUUGUGGAUAAUAAUAUUUUGUAUGGCUAAAAGUUAAUGUUGAUUUUUGAGUGAAAUAGUGCAACCAGCCCCUCCCCCUUAUAGACUUUUGCAAUGUCAGCAUAAACGACCCUCCUCCAGCUCAUGGACAGUUCUCCUCCUGGUGUCCUGUGCUCUAGCUCUGUCAGCGUUGUUCUCCAGUGCUGCUGGUCUCCUGGAGGGACUCUACUGUGGCAGAGAGAGCUGCUAUGACGUUCUUCAAGUGGACAAAGAUGUCACAGCUGUAAGUACAUGUGGAGCUAUUGACUGUGCUCACACACUGUUGCUUGGUUACAGGCUGAGAUGAGGAGAGCCUAUCGACACCUGACACUGGAGUACCAUCCUGACAAGAACAAGGUCACAGAAGAGGGAGAGUUGGCUGAGGGCUCCGCUAGGGAGAGGUUCUAGCUCAUCAGCACGACCUACGAGAUACUGAAGGAUGAGGAGGAGAGAGCAAACUAUGACUACAUGCUUGAGAACCCUGAGCAAGUGUACCGUCACUACUAUCACUACGACCGUCAUCGAGUGACCCCCCCAGUUGGAUAUCCGAGUGGUUGUGGGUGUGGCCAUCAGCGUCAUCUCUCUGGUCCAGUACCUCGGCUGGUGGCACUCGUACAAUACAGCCAUCACUGCAGCUCUCUCAGAAUGCCAAGGUCAGGAUAGUUGGCAAGAUAUUGUGGUAAGGCUGAGGAGCUGGCAGUGGAGAAGGGGUUGUUGAAGGAGGGUCAGAGACAGACUCAAGGGAGGAAGUAAAGAACGACGAAGAGACUGUGCUACGGAGAAUUAUGGAGGAGAACCUCAACAUUCUGUGAGUCGAUAAUGUAACCAGCUAGUCUUAUAUUGUGCCAUUAUUUUGAUAGGAACUUUUGUUUAUCUUUUGUUUACAAUUGAAGUUGAGGGGGGUAGGUUGGUCUACUCACAAGUUCAAGCAUUGUUCUGGCAGAUACAGUAAACCUAUGUUGCGAAGUACAAGGAGGAGAGGAAAGAAAGACAGCCAAUGCCAAGUACAAGAAGUACAAGUGAGUGAGUAAAUGUGUGAGAGUGAGGCCAGUGAAGGAGGCUAGACGAUACCAAGUACAGUGAGAGAUACAUGAGAGCACUGGUCAGAAAAGAGUCACCACAAACUGUUAGGGACAAUAACAUUUUGUAUGAAAGCAUAUUUAUCAUUGGUUCAGUUUAAAGGAAUCUUGCAGUAAUAAUUAAUUUUGUGUUUGUCAAUUUUA